CGAGCAUGAGAUCAACACGCGUAUCAACAAGCUUAGCUUAAGCCUUAUAAAACUAUACAAAAUUACAUAUCUUUCUCUAUAUUUUCGAGUUGAGCUGAAAUGGAGCCGAACCGAACUCAUGGCUAUCAGGCUAUGUGUUGAUCUUGCACUUAUUCCCCCUUGAAUCAUUCUGUUCAAACUUUUUAAACUAUUCUCUUUAUUUUCCGGUGACCACUACCGAUGGAGGACCGCCUCCUCUCCGCCGUCAUCCCCACACUCGAUCAAUACCGUAAUCUAUCCCCCGAAUCCGCCGCCGCCGUCAUCUCUCUCGUCACCAAUCCGUUCACUUCCGACCGAACCCUCUCUUCCCUUAUAGAAACCCUAUCUCUCCACCUCCAAAACCCCGAUUCCAAUCACCGGCAACUUCUCUCCCUCCUCUCCGCCAUCUCCCGCCACCAACCCCGCCUCCGCCACCUCAUUUCCGCCGCUGUCCACGCGUUCAUCGUGCUGCCCUCCACCCCCACCCCCUCCAUACCGCACGCACUCUCCCUCGUCGACCCGACCUGUUCUCCCCAGCCCGACCCGUUUGCAGACGAGUCCCUAUUUCUUUCCCUGUGCUUCUGGCCGUGCGUGAAGAUACGAGGGUGGAUGCUGAGAAACGCGAGCAAAUUCCUGGUGAGGCCGUCGGCUUUGCUUACGGUGCUUCUCGGGCUGACUAAGGAUCCGUAUCCAAAUAUCAGGGGACUCGCAUUGGAUGGGUUAACGGUGUUGAGUGGUGGCAUUGUUGUGGAGGAUCGGCAUUUGGUCGAAGGUUGCUACUUUCGGGCAGUGGAGCUUCUGUUCGAUUCGGAUAAUUAUGUACGGCAUUCGGCUGUUUGUGCGGUCAGUGAGUGGGGGCAAUUGCUCGUGGGAUUGUGUUCGGAUGAAACUAAAAUGGAUAGGUCUGAUGCAUUGUUUCUACAGCUUUGUUUAAUGGUUAGAGACACAGAUUCAGAGAUAAGGGUUGCUGCUUUUAAUGCACUUGGAAAGGUCCAAACUGUUUCUGAAGAUAUCCUGCUUCAAACCUUAUCCAAGAAGCCUCUGUUAGCAACGAAAGAAAAGAAUUAUCUAGGCCAGUACACUGCCAAGAUAUUUAAGAUACAGGCAACUGCUGCUGCAUAUACUUUUGUUCAUGGAUUGGAGGAUGAAUUUUAUCAGGUCAGAAGAUCAGCCUGUCAUGCUCUGCAAGUGCCAGUUGUUCUUUCUGCUAAAUUUGCUGCUGGGGCUGUUCAUAUAUUGAUGGAUAUGCUGAUAGAUGAUUCGGAUAUUGUUCGCCUUCAAGCUUUGGAGACACUGCAUCACAUGGCUAUUCAUGAACACCUCAAAGUUGAAGAAUCUCACUUACACAUGUUCUUAGGUGCUUUAGUUGAUAGCAGCACAUUGAUAAGGUCUGCUGCAAGGAAGACUCUCCAGUUAAGCAAGUUACAGAAAUUGGCGAUGUUUAGAUCAUGUACUGAUAGCCUUAUAAAGAAUUUGGAACUCUAUCCACAGGUUUGUUUCUCUUCGAAAAUUCUUUUUUCUCUUGACAGAGUGUGUGUGCAGAUGUUACCAUUAUCAAGAGAAUCUUCUGCAGUUCAGAUUUUGGAGCCUUCUUUUGAAGGAAAGCUAGUUUUUCACAAACUGAGGACAGCUGCAUUACUAGCCCUUGCUAUCUCGGCACCCAUAUCCCUCGAGCGACAGGUGUGCAGUAUUCCUCCACAGUUUUUUUCUUAUGCGGUCACCCUAUUGGGCAGGCUAUCCCAUGCCCUAGUUGGUGUAAUGGACCAGAACGCCCUUUUAUCUUAUCUGACUUACUGCAGCAAAUUCACUGUUGCCUCUGCUUCUGAAAAUUCUGGAGAUGAAGAAGCACCGAAUCUUAAUCUGGAGGAUAGUUUGAUUAGCUUUCCCAAAGAGAGUGACAAAAAGAUCCCUUCUUUUUUUCCAAAAUCACUGGAACUGAAUUCAAAACUCAAAACAUCAACCUACGUGGAAAUUGUUUUAAAGAAAGUUGGUGACUUAUGGCCCCUGAUCCGUCUCGGCUGCAUGAAUGAAGUUGUUCAAAUAUUGAGGAAUUUGAAAAAAGAGCUGAGGGUUUUUGUUUUUCCCGACGUGUCAAGCAAACCCAGUGGUAUCUUGGUAUUCGCUUUGAGAUAUUUGCACGUCGUAAAAUUGCUCGGAAAGGCUUGGACGAGUUUAUUUUCUCAGAGAAAUCCUCGAUUCAAGGGGAUGGGAUUAAUUCUUAUGCCUCUCUUGUGCAAAAUGGAAAGACUACUCGAGGAGAUGCUAUAUAGGUUCCAUGGUCUGAGCCGAGAGGGAAAAUUGCAUAUUUUUGAGCUAAUGCUUUUGACUUGUGUAGUAAAGUUCUCUCAUGGAGGGACAUUUUGCUUUGAGGGCUACACGAAAAAGUUGAAUUUCGUGCUUUCUCGGGUUGAGGAUCUUCUCAAAGAAGAAUCUUCUUCGAUGGAACUCUCUAGUUUUGUUGAUGAGCUUCGUAAAAUAUCAAGCGAGAUUCGAAAAUCCGAAAAUGGGCCCAUGUCUAUUAACGAGUUAGACCUGUUCGAGAAGUCUCUUCACCUUUUCUCUUUAAAAUGUGUUAUUUUACCCGAAGAACUCGAAUACUAUGAGGCGGAAGUUGAAGUACAUGGCAAUAAUAGUUUCGAAAAUCCUUUCCCUUUCAUUACAGGUCUACCUGUGGGUUUGCCUCUCGACAUCACGUUGUAUAACAUUUCCAGGGAAACGAGAUUGUGGGUUGUGAUUUCUCUCGGUGAACGAUCAUCUCAGUUUGUUUUCUUGGAUUUACCCGAGUUGGGUGCAAAAAAGAGAUUUACAUUUAUUGCUCCUUUUUAUAGAACGCCUAAAGUAAAACACUUGGUGUUGCGGGUUUCUAUUGCUAUGGAAUGCUUUUUGGAAGAUCAAUAUUCGAAAAAGCAGUGUAAUAAUGGGCCAAAACACGAGCUUGUGUACCUCUGCAAAGAGAGAGAAGUCCAUCUAUCCAUGGCUGUCAAAUAAUGUACGCUGUCCUGUACGGUGGACUUAAAAUCUGUUUAUCGUGCAGCUUGUAACUAUUUUGCAGCAUUUAGAUUGAAGGAUGAUGAUGUAUAUUCAUCUGUUAUGUACAUGUAUGUAUACAGAUUACACAAUACAUGUUUGUAGAGUGUAAAAUGCCUUGCUGAUUGAUAGCUUCUUAUUGGAAAGAAUAUUAUAGUGUAAGAGUAUCUGUUGUUCCAAGUGCAAUCUGACAG